UUUUAUAGCAUGUCGUUGAAUGUGAGUGUGUUUGCAGCAAGUAUUGAAAAGGUUUGGUGUUGAACAGUCUGAAAUGUUAAAUGUCUAGUACAUAAUAAAGUGCAAAUCAGAGUGGAUGUGCGUGAGACUUACUUUAAUCUUCUAACGAGAGUUUUGAUAUGUAUUACAUUUACAUUAACUUAGAGAAAUACUGGGUAUAUUUAUCUCUAACUUAUCAGGUUUACAUUUCCAAGUUGCAUUCUCUGCCUAUUGAUGUUGCCUUUGCUUGAAUAUUUACAGAACAGUUGUUCGUGUGUUUACAGGAACUUUAUAAAUGUCCAUAGCUGAACUGAAGACAUGAUUGUUGUUGAACCGGGGCUAUAUAUCGGAUCUACAUCCGACCUCAAAGACUGUCAGGAACUGAUUAAUGCAGGAAUCACCCACAUACUCACCGUUGACUCGGAGAAACCCAAUUUGCCAGAAGUGUUUAAGACAAAGUUUGUCCGUGCCUUGGACGAGGCGACUACCGAUCUUCUCAGCUGUCUGGAUGAUUGUCUUCGUUUCAUUCACGAGGGUAUUGAUGGAGCGUCUGGAGCAGUCCUCGUGCACUGUCAUGCAGGACAAAGUCGGAGCGCUGCUGUGGUUACUGCCUUCUUGAUGAAAUCAAAGCAAUUAAACGCGAUGGACGCUUAUGCCAAACUACAGCAGAUAAAAUCAAAUGUCAAAAUGAACGAGGAGUUUCUUCGCCAGCUAGAAUUAUUUGAAUCAAUGAACUGUGAGGUGGAUGUCACCAGCCCAGUCUACAAACAAUACAGACUCCAGAAAAUCACAGAAAAAUACCCAGAACUUCAAGCUGUUCCUAGGGAAAUCUUUGCUGCCGAUCCAGUGACAGACACGAGCAGUAGUGAUGUCAUCCACAGAUGCAGGAAGUGUCGACGCACCGUGUUCCGCAGAUCCAGUGUCCUCAGCCACACCCCCGGCGCGGGCCCCACGGCUUUUGGUCAUAAGAAGGUGACCGGAGCCGCCACACAGGCCCCAGGGUGCGCUCAGACUCAGUGUACGUCCUACUUCAUCGAGCCUGUGCAGUGGAUGGAAGAAGCCCUGCUGGGUGUGAUGGACGGACAGCUCUUGUGCCCAAAAUGCAACUCGAAACUCGGAUCCUUUAACUGGUAUGGUGAGCAGUGUUCCUGUGGCCGUUGGGUGACGCCCGCCUUCCAGAUUCACAAGAACCGGGUGGAUGAAAUCAAGCACAUCAGUGUGUCUGCACUGAAAUGACACGUGGAUCGCUCGUCUGAAGAAUCGCUUUGCCAUCACCAAACGAUGUUUGUAUCAGAUGUCGACAGCUGUUGGCAGCUGCAAAACACCUUUCCCUUUCUGGUCUCAUAUUUUAUCAAAAGCUGUAUUCUCUUCCCAUUACCGUUUCUGAGAGCUGUUUGUAUAAAUGUGUGUACAUAGUAUCAAUAAAUGCUGCACCUGAAAAAAACUUUUGAAAAUGUAA